AUGGCAGCGAUGCCGUUUCGCGAGACGCGAGCGAAUGUUAUCGAGCUCGAGUCCGGCGAGUUCGUGCUCCUCCUGUCCCUCUCCACGCUCCCCAAUACUCAAUUAAUCUCCAUCGAUCCCGUCACCGGCGCGCUCCGCUUCGCCAACCGUCCCGGCCUCGACGUUUUCCGCACCGAAUCCGACGCGCUCUUCGCCGCGACACGUGGCAACACCGUGGCCGUCCGAUCCGCCGUGCACGGCCGCGCGCUCAUUGGCUACGCCGCCUUCAACACCGUCGGAUUGCUCCUCGUCGCGACGCGCGUACGCGCCACCGUCCGAUCCCUCCCGUCCGGACCCGAUACAAUCUUCACCGUUACCGAAUCCCAAUGGGUCAAAAUCCCGCUAAAAUCCCCCUCCGGAGCCGCGUCCUUAACCAAAUCCGAAUCUAAAGCCGUGCAAGACCUAGCUGACGUGUCAAUCGCCGAUUUGCACUAUUUCUGCGAGACUAGAGACAUAACUCGCCCAUUCCCCAGCACCCACCCGCCAUGGGACCCAGAUUGGGAAUUCGCGUGGAACGAGUUCCUCUCCGCGCCCUUCCGCGCGCUGGGCCUGCGCGCGCACUGCGCGGUGCUGCUGCAGGGGCUGGCGGAGCUGCGCGCGUUCUCCGACGCGAACGCGCGCAUGGCGCACGUGGUGUCCCUGGCGCGGCGGAGCAGGCUGCAUCCGGGGACGCGGGGGACGGUGCCCAUAUGGUGGGGAGCGGAGAUUAAGUCGUCUAUCCAGGAUGCUGAGAUUUUUGUGGCAGAGAGUCAGGCAGAAGGGAUUGCUCCAAUCGGGGUCGGCAAACCCGAGCUGAUUCUCUCCGACCACUUCCAGCAGGCCGUCCGCUCCGCGCGCUGCCGCCCGGAGCUGCGGGCGGCGUCGCUUGACUUAUUCACGUACGACUGGCACGCGAUGACGAGGGCGGUGGGGGAGGCGGCAACUGUGGAGGGGCUGUGGCAGCGGCUGAAGGUGCCUCUGCAGGGGAUUGGGUUCACUGUGGGGAGGUGGCACCAGGGGGAGGUGGCAACUGGAACUGGAGGAGCGUCAGGUGGAGGAGGGACGUUCGGUGGGAGAGGGGCAGAAGGUGGGGGAGGGGCAGGCGGGAAUGCAGGAGGGGGAGAGGAGGUGGGAGUGGGAGAGCAGCAGGUGAUUAGGAACGUGGGGUUGCAGGGGGGAGUGUUUGAGGUGGUGAGGCGGCAGCAUGGCAUGGUGCGAUUCAACUGCGCUGACUCCCUUGACCGCACCAAUGCUGCCAGCUUCUUUGGCGCGCUGCAGGUGUUUGUGCAACAGUGCCAGCACCUGGGAAUAUCCCUGGACGCCGCAUGGGCCAGAGGCGGCGGAGGAGGAGCAGGAGGAGGUACCAUGCCAGGCAGAAACACAGGAGCAGCAGCAGCAGUUGGAGGCUUCGGGAGCGAGUUCUCCCAGUAUUACAGCGCAGCGUUUGGGGGAGGGGACGGUAUCGGGGGAGCGGGAGGAGGAGGAGCAGGAGGAGCAGGAGGAGCAGGAGGGUGGAGUGGAGGUGGUAACCGGGUGGCAGUGCCAGCACAGCUAACACAGGAGGAGGAAGAGGAGGCGUUAGCAGCAGCCUUGCCUCCCGGGUGGGAGAUGCGGAGGGACCCAUCUCGCAGCAAGGUGUUCUACAUCGACCAUAACACCCGCAAAACCACCUGGACCCACCCCUGCCCUCCCCCUCCUCGCGUCGCUACCUUCCCCGACAUGAGCGUGCGGGAAUUCCAAGCCACCGUCCUCCCAUCCGCCGUCACAGCCGUUGCAGACCUCUUUUCAAUAGCCGGCGAUGUUCACGCCACGCUAUACACCGGCUCCAGGGCCAUGCACUCCCACAUCAUCCACAUCUUCAGCAGCGAUCCUAGCAAGGCCAAGAAAGGCGCCGCUGCCAGUGCGACAAACAUUGGGAUUUCCCUCCAAAGGAGGUUUUUGAAUCUGGUUUGGGACGCUACCAGGCAUCGGCAGCUGGAAGUUUUUCUCGGGCUGCGCCGGCACAAGUAUUUUUCCUUUGCGCUGCCCGACCGCCCGCUUCUGACCGUCUCCCUGCCGUCCUCCGCUGGAGGAGGCUCGGGGCACGCGCACGUGCUCCGGCUGGUCCCGAGCCUGUUCCCGAGCCUGUACCGGACCGACGCGCUGAUCAGUCCUUAUGGUGCCGGUGCUGCAGCCAGUGCCGGUGCGGGCGGCAAGGGCAUGGUGUGGGUGGUACCGGGGUGGGUGCCGCUGGUGGAGGUGCAUGUGAGUGUGGCGGUGCCCUGCCAUGUGACCCACGUGCUGCUCACUGUUGCCCAUGGCGCUGAUGACUCCCUCGCUCCGCCCCGCUUUGACGUGCGCGUGGGACGCACUAUUGACUCGCUCCAUCUAGUUGCCGAGGGUCUCACCAUCCCCCGCUGCGCCAGCGGAACAGUCCUGCAAUACCCUCUCCCUGCACCCAAGCCCACCCGUCCUUCCACUGCGUCUUCCACUCCUGCUCCUGCUCCUGCUGCUUCAGAUGCCGCUGCUGCACACAAGUACGAUGAAUCAGGGGCAAUCAGUGGGGGAGCGCUGGGCUAUGGUGGGGCCGGGUCUGCCUCAGGCCCUGUGUUUGUGGAGGGAUAUAUAGGGCAGCAGGGCAGUGCGUAUCAGCAGCAGCAGCAGCAGCAGCAGCAGCAGGGCAAUGGGUAUCAACAGCAGCAGGGUGUGCAUGCGAGGGGAGGGGCUGUAUCCUCAUCGCUGCUCUAUGACUACACAGAGGAGGGCGAUGGGAAAAUCGACUUUUUGACCCGCUUUGUUUCUCUCACCUUCUAUCCGCCCGCUGCUGCGUCUGCUGCCUUUGGUGGUGGCGGUGGUGGUGCCGGCAGUUCUGGAUCCCCCAUGACUCUCGGACAGGUGCGUUGA